AUGUUAUCAUUUUGUCCAUACUGUAAAAACAUGCUCCUUGUGAGCAAAUCAGAUUCCGGUCUCUACAAGAUGAGUUGUCCGUCAUGCCCGUACGAAUUUCCUAUAGAAGGAAUUGAAAUUUACGAUAGACAGACUCUACCACGUAAACAGGUUGAUGAUGCACUGGGAGGUGAAGGUGCAUGGGAUAAUGUGGACCAAACAGCUAUCCAAUGUCCGAAUCACGAAACAUGUGGUGGUGAGAAAGCAUACUUCUUUCAGCUGCAGAUUCGUUCCGCAGAUGAACCCAUGACCACUUUUUACAAAUGUGUAACCUGUGGGAACAAGUGGAGGGAAAACUAA